GGUGGGGAAGACGGGGGGCGGAGUCACGUCUUCAGGGCCCUUUAGUGCUAAUCGGAAGAGUCUUCAUUCCAGCGUGGGCAUCGUUGUGUCCAGGCCUCAGGCAAAAUAGAGACUCCAGAAUUGAACAUGUCUGCUAUAAACUGGAAGCCGUUUAUAUAUGGAGGUUUAGCGUCCAUUACAGCAGAAUGUGGCACUUUUCCUAUAGACUUGACAAAAACACGGCUGCAGGUACAAGGGCAAGCAAAUGAUGCAAAAUACAAAGAAAUCCGCUACCGAGGAAUGCUCCAUGCACUUGUCAGAAUAGGCAAAGAGGAGGGAUUUAAAGCGCUGUACUCUGGGAUUGCACCAGCAAUGCUUCGCCAAGCGUCCUAUGGCACUAUUAAAAUAGGCACUUAUCAGAGCCUGAAGAGAAUGUUUGUUGAUCGCCCUGAAGAUGAGACGUUGGUUCUUAAUGUUUUUUGUGGCGUUUUGUCUGGAGUAUUUUCCUCAUGUAUUGCCAACCCUACAGAUGUUUUAAAGAUAAGAAUGCAGGCACACGGCAGUACAAUUCAAGGAGGAAUGAUUGGAAACUUUAUCAGCAUUUACCAGCAGGAAGGGACCAGAGGACUGUGGAAGGGAGUGUCACUCACUGCACAGAGAGCUGCUAUAGUAGUGGGUGUGGAGUUACCAGUGUAUGACAUCACCAAGAAACAUCUCAUCCUGUCCGGACUGAUGGGAGACACGAUCUAUACACACUUUCUGGCCAGUUUUACUUGUGGGUUGGCAGGAGCUUUAGCAUCCAAUCCAGUUGACGUUGUUCGAACUCGUAUGAUGAACCAAAGAACCGUCUGCGAAGGGUCAAGCUACAAGGGCACAAUGGAUUGUUUACUGCAGACUUGGAAGAAUGAAGGAUUCUUUGCUUUGUAUAAAGGCUUUUGGCCAAACUGGUUAAGAUUGGGACCAUGGAAUAUUAUUUUCUUUAUUACGUAUGAACAGCUCAAGAAACUAAACCUGUGAUGUGGAAGCUAUGAAACUGGCCAAGUCGUUUCAACGCCAAGAACCAUCUUGAAUUUCAAUCCCCCUUCUUGAUGUCACCAGUGGAAUGUGUCAAUGUGUCGGGGUCUGUUGACAUUUAGAGGCCAGAUGCCAGUAGGGCAGGCUCAUAGCACAAGAGGCUUCUAUUGAUAAAUUGGGUUCUGAAGGAAUGGUCGGCUAUGCUUGGAUUGUAAGCCUAAAUGAAACGAAUUGCCUGUAACGCUUGUUAAAGGCUAAACAAAGCUUUCUCUUUUUAACUCCUUCAACAACAAAAAAAAAAAAAA